CGACACACAAGGCGAGCCUCCAGGAGUCUUCUGCUUUCGGGUGGCAAGGGUUAAACGCGCCGUCUCUCUGCCAUUGGGCGGUGAGGCUGUGGAGAUCUAGUCAUCUGCAAGCAAAGCAGCUGUCGCGUUCGACUUCACGCAAGAGACGCUGAAAACCAGUGAAGGAAAACAGUGUGGAUUCACCACGGGACUUGUUGAUCUCUUUCCUUAAGAAAAAAAAACGGGCGAGAUGUACAUGUUUGUAAGAUGAAAGCUGUAUACUGGCUUUAUUUAAACCGUGACGUUCCUGCGUUUUCCCUAUUUAUAUGCUUCAUUUAACAGCAAUGUCAGCUAGCCUAUGAGCCAUCGCAUAUUAUGCUGUACGGGCGGGCUCCAGCGGAUCUCGCACUUAACUCUUUAGUUACAAGAAUUACAGGUGGAUUUCAAACGUUGUGAUGCAGCUGAAUGCAUUGCUUGGUUUGUUUUUUUGAGAGGUAACAGACGAAUAAGGGUUUAACUUCGGGACCUUUGACUCGCGAGCAGCAGUCGAUUCAGCACCGCUCAAGUGGACAGCGACUUCUUGAGCGUUCAAUAUGUCUCUGCGGCUCAAAUAGAAUGGAUCCACUCGGAAAACGACAGGCAACACUGCCUGUCGCCUGGACACGUUUAUAGGACAGUCACAUGAUUUCAGACGAACGAAAUGGAUAAGCCAUCCGCGGGAAUGAGUAAAGUUGGCUCUCGGUCGACAGCCUCUCUCCCCCCGGAGCCUGCGGAUAUUAUUCGAAGUAUGUCGUGCUACCGGCGGGUCAAACUGAACGUCGGCGGUCUGCCUCAUGAGGUUCUAUGGAGAACCCUGGACCGACUGCCACGCACGCGGCUGGGAAAAUUACGCGACUGCAAAACCCACGAGGCACUCAUGGACAUAUGCGACGACUACAACUUGGACGACAACGAGUACUUUUUCGACCGGCACCCAGGAGCGUUUACGUCUAUACUAAACUUUUACCGCACUGGGAAGUUGCACAUGAUGGAGGAAAUGUGCGCCCUGUCCUUCAGCCAAGAGUUGGACUACUGGGGUGUGGAUGAGAUCUACCUGGAGUCGUGUUGCCAGGCGCGCUACCAUCAAAAGAAAGAGCAAAUGAACGAGGAACUUAAAAGGGAGGCAGAUACUCUGAAAGACAGGGAAGGAGAAGAGUUCGAUAACACAUGCUGUUCAGAGAAAAAAAAGAAACUCUGGGACCUACUAGAGAAACCGGGAUCAUCCGUAGCGGCCAAGAUCUUGGCCAUCAUCUCUAUUCUUUUCAUUGUGCUCUCCACUAUUGCUUUGUCCCUGAACACCCUCCCGGAGCUGCAAGACACAGACGAGUUCGGUCAGACAACAGAUAAUCCACAGCUUGCCCAUGUGGAGGCAGUGUGCAUCGCUUGGUUUACCAUGGAAUAUAUUCUUCGCUUCCUUUCCUCACCAAACAAGUGGAAAUUCUUCAAAGGUCCCCUCAACGUCAUCGACUUGCUGGCAAUUUUACCGUAUUACGUCACCAUAUUUUUGACAGAGUCCAACAAGAGCGUGCUGCAGUUCCAGAAUGUCCGACGGGUAGUGCAGAUCUUCAGAAUCAUGCGAAUACUGCGCAUCCUCAAACUGGCACGUCACUCCACUGGGUUGCAGUCCUUGGGUUUCACACUGCGACGGAGUUACAAUGAGCUCGGCCUGCUUAUCCUCUUCUUGGCCAUGGGGAUCAUGAUCUUUUCCAGUCUAGUUUUCUUUGCAGAAAAGGAUGAGGAUGACACCAAGUUCAAGAGCAUCCCUGCCUCUUUCUGGUGGGCCACUAUUACCAUGACCACUGUGGGAUAUGGAGAUAUUUACCCCAAGACGCUUUUGGGUAAAAUAGUUGGUGGACUCUGCUGCAUAGCAGGAGUGUUAGUCAUUGCCUUGCCCAUUCCCAUUAUCGUUAACAACUUCUCAGAAUUCUAUAAAGAACAGAAAAGACAAGAAAAGGCUAUCAAGAGACGUGAGGCUCUGGAGCGGGCCAAACGCAACGGCAGCAUAGUGUCUAUGAAUGUUAGAGAAGCAUUUUCGCGUGGUGCAGAGCUUCUAGAUGUGGUGGUGAUGGAUAAGGGCGAAAGAACCCAGGACAACCAUCUCUCACCCAGUCGGUGGAAAUGGUCAUCUAAGCGAGCGACGUCUGAGACCAGCUCGAAUCGUUCCUUCAACCCAGACCAAGGUUCCCCAAACAAGGCGACGGCUUCAAGUCCACAAAGGCUUAACGCACAGAAACUGGAAGAAAUGUACAACCAGAUGGCUAAGACUCAGUCACAACCCAACCUAAACACUAAAGACAGAUGUACAUCUCGAGCAGGACAUAGAAAAGAUGAAAUUGAGUUGGGGGCUUUGCCUGGUCCCGGAGACCCACUUAACGGAGGUCGUGAAGGAGUGGUGGACAUGAAAAGUCUGUCCAGCAUCGACAGCUACAUAAGCUGUGCAACAGACUUUCAAGAGAACCCGCGAUUUCCCUACAGUUCAGCCGGGGGCUUGUCCUUCCCAGAGAGCUCACGUUUCUCCCACAGCCCUGGUUCUGGCCUCUCCGGUCGAGUCCGUGCUAACCCAAGUCUACAGCCCACCAUGGAGCACGAGACCAUGCUCACACCACCGUGUUCAGGUGCUAAACCCCCUAACACAGAAGAUUUACGCCAACAAAGCCUGCUUGGAAAUGCUCAUAAAAUGCAUUCAGUUAGGGUGAAUCAUCGCAACUGUGGGGAAACCAGCCCCUUGGGUGGUCCUCGGUCUGACAGCUCUAUUCUUUCUGACCACUCCAUCCUAAGUCCUGAGGUGUCGGUCUACACAACAGCCAGCAGCAGGACUCCACCUAAGACACCCGAGAAGAAGGGAUCCACCGGUGCGGUCUUCACUUUUCACGACGCCUCCAUCAGCAAGUACAUUGACGCUGACACAGAUGAUGAGGAGCACUUGCGUGAAAGCGGCCCAUCAGAUCGCUUGCUGGGUGGCCUGAGCUCCAAGUCUCGGCUCACCAGUGCUUACCAGGGAGGUACCAACCACUUGGAAGCCGCCCAGAGGCUGUUAGGUCAGAACUGCCUAUUCCCAUUAGGAAGUAGCCCAGGUAAUGCCUACGAGAACCAUGUGGCGUCCGAAAACUCACGGAGACCCAAAGGGGACAGGGGAUAUUCCAGCAGUUUUGAUAAGGGCCUCUGAGGCCUCAGGGUUGUGAGCUGGACUUCAGAUGGAGUCCAGGAAAGGAAAGAAGGCCAAGUUCAGUCAAGGACAUUGGAGGAAGCAAAGACUAAAGUGCAAUGGAGGAAUAAUUUUACAGGCAUUUGACCAGGGGGCCCACUCUGGUGACUUUAUGCGGGAGAGUUACGUUACAUCAUUAAUAACAGAGGUUAUGUUACAUCAUUAAGGAACAGGAUCUUGAGGAUGUACCACUGCCUACACCUCUUGCCCUUUUUCAUCUUCUGUAAACAAGCCUGCAUUGGUGGGUCCCUGGGGUAGAAAAAGGCCAGAACAGAUCUGGCGUACAGUUGUUAGUGACAAGAACUGGAUUCAUUCCAAAGCUUACCAAGCUGAAGACUGGACACUUACCGAACAUUAAAGCGUCGAUGUGUAUGAAAAAUCGAGGGGGACGGUCCUUCACUGCCCGUGUCAGCUAGUCACUGUCCAGAACCCACCUUAAAGUUUAGCAUUAGAGUACGUUACACCCUGUUUUCUAGUGCACCCAACCCUUGUCCUCUAACAAACUAGCCUUACUGCAGUUAUGGGUCUGCAUACAGUAUGAGCGGUUGUGUGCAAGAAUGAUAUGAUAUAGGGAGGGCUGAUGGUAUGAUAAUGUGCACGUGUACGUAACUUACAUUCCUGCACACAUACUCGCUCUUCAAAAUAUAUUCACAUAGUUUGUGAUUCUAACUUGCUUUAUUUUUAUAUAGACAAGAAAAUUAUCUCUAGAAAUAAUGUUUUGUUUCAUAUUCAUCAGUAUAAGAAUAAAAUGUUUCAUUAGAAGAGUCCAAUAUCUGUUUAAAUUCACCACCCCCUUGCAUUUAAUGCAUGUUUCUUGUAUAGUCAAGAUAUAAUUUGUUUAAAAGUUACAGAAGAUGAUACACCUCAUGCAGUGUAUUACGUUUUAAUGCCCAUGCCUUUCACAUAGGAUCACAUAUAAAAAAAACAGCACAUGCACAUUGGCAGCCCAAACAGAAGCAACAAGGAGAAAUAUGAACGGACAACGCAUACCUCUCCCUAUUGUUACCAGUUAUUGCAAACCUGAAAAAGUGAAACGACUGAAAACUUCAGGUCAAUUCAACACUUCGGUCAGAUUGAACAAUUUCAUAGCAGUGGAUGCUGUAACACACACGAAUAUUUCUGAAGAAAUGAGAAUAGAUAUAUAUUUCUAAAGUAUUUUCUAGAUGAUCAAAUGAAGUGUGGUAGGGGGUCUCAUGUGAGAAUGUUUAUUUUGAAAUGCUAAUUUAGUACAAAGUCUUAUGGGACCUUUUGUGCCCUAAAUUGUUAUUCAGGCUCAAAGUACAUUACGUGACCAAGAUCACUCAAAGUAUGAAAACAUUCAUCACUUUUGAUAAAGAGCUCUAUAACACAGUAUGUAACGCAUGGCCAUGUUUACAUCAUAGCUCUGAUCCCUUCGCACCGCACAAGAUUAUUAUUCUUAAAACAUCCUAAUAUCCCUAUCACCGUUCUGUAACCAUACACAGUCCAGCAUGUAUUCACAGGUAUGUAGACCAUGUCCUGAAGACGACCAUAUCCAGUUUCCAUGGUGACCACAAGCCCUCCCUGUCAGCACCAGUUUUAAAAACCGGGAAAGAGAGGGACAAAUUAGAUCAAAAAUGCAUCAGUGUCAACAAAUACGAUCACAGAAAGUCACAAUGUCAGAACGGGCUAGUCUCUGGGAAUUUCUAUGUAUAUGUGUGUUAUUUGGGGGUACAAACUCAGCCUCUCCUGAGACUCGCGAGUGUGUAAGCUUCCAUCCUUGUCUCAACGAUUUAGCUGAGUGAAACUGAAGUGUGAACGGAAUACCAAUUUCUGAGAGGAAGGUUGACAUGUCGGUUAGGAAGAGAAACAAAAGAAGAAAUGAAAUGUAGCGUCCCUUUUUCUGCUCAAUGUGGAAUAAUUCGUGAUCGUUACGAUCUGUACGGCAGAGAGAUGAAGCUGCGUGCAUGAAGAGCUUAGGUCGCCUGCUCUGCUUGUGGUCUUUCAUUUAAUGUGCACAGUACAGCAUCUGUUAUCCUUCGAAGCGUGAGACCCACAUCCAUUGCUCUCUUCAACAUUAUCACAACAAAUUAUUAUAAACGAAAUUUAAAACUCUUCUGUGUGUGUUAAGCUGUGCCCUGAGGUCAACAUCAACCCUGUUUUUUUGUAAUGAUCAUUGGGUGAAUCUCACAAAGAAAUAUAACUGCAUUAUUAUAUAAAGCCAUUAUUUUCAUGACAAUUAAGCGUCUUUCACCAUCAUAUGCCCAUGUGUAUGUACAAUCUGGAUGUUUUGCUGUUUGUAAUUGUGUUUCUUUGUAAUUCUUCGAUUCUCAAACUUGAUUCAGGUUACAGUAACAGAGUAAUGAAACCGGGAACAUUUUUUUUUUCUUGUUACAGCAACAAGGUGCCAUAUUGUCAUGUAAAUAACAGUAUUUUAUGUAUGUAUGUUAUGUAGAUGAGACAUUAUUUCUAUAUAUACAGCUGGGAAGAAAUUAAGAGAGCAUUUCAAAUUUAUAUUUAAUCGGAAUUUCUAGAUGUAUUGAGGCCAUUGCAGUCUGUUGAAUUUCAACAAAAUCAAACCUCAGGAGCGACAUAAAGUCACCCAACAGCAAUGUGAAAGACUGACAGCAUGACAAGACACACGAAAACUCUGAUAAUUAUCACAUAAAAAAUAUUUUUAAACAUUUCCUUAAUACAUGUACAAAUAUUACUGUUAUAUUGCUUAAACGUGAAUAUGACCUUGUUUUUUCCAGUAUUUGAGGUAUUUUGAUCUUUUCUAUUAUUUUCACCUGUUUAUCCAGUUUUCAUUUUCUGCAAAUAAAUGCAAAAAGAAACAAUAUUUUUAUUUGUAAUUUGGGAGAAAUGUUGUUAGUAGUUCACAGAAUGAAACAAAAAUUACCAUUUUACCUAAACACAUACCUAUAAAUAGAAGAAAAAAAAACUGAUUUUGAAAUGGUCUCUUAUUUUUUCCACGGCUAUAUAUGGUUUUGUGAGAUUCACUCCCAUAGUCCAUGUUAAUUGGCCAAUCAGAGAUGUAAAAGAUUAGCAUAUGUUGUGUUAUUGUUGUUCAUCAGUCAUCAUUCUGUCAUGUCCCAUGAGCAACACCCACAGUGCAGUGUGCUUAGACAAUUUACAAAGAUUAGAGUCUAAUAUAUAUAGUUAUAUAUACUGUAUGGGUGAUUAUUUUGGGGAAAUUUUUUAGGCACCAGGCCACAAACAGUGAUGACAAUCAGUAAUUUGAGUCCAAUGUCAGUGUCUUACUGAAAGAUUUAAUGGCAUUAAAGGUGUGUUGUCUAAAAUACCCACUCACACAUCAGUAACAGGUCGAAAUUCAUCAUGGUUCGUUAAUAAAAUCUUUCGAAUUAAAUGGCAUUAUAACGCGUCAAACUGUGACAAACUGACGAUGCUUCCAGCAUCAACAUGGACACAUGCUAAUUUUAACAUGGCAUUAAAAAAAACAAAAAACAAUGAUUCUAAAUUGAUUUUAGUUUUAGUUUACAAUCAAAGAUUUCAUUCAGUUUUGAUUUCAUGGUUAUUCAAAGGAUUUUUUGUCAUGACAACGGGUUUGUAUGCAUCUCAUUUAAAAUGGAAAGCACAAUUAGGUGACUUCUUUCAUUUAUUGCAUUCCUGUUGUUUUCUUCUGAGGUUGUACAAUAACAGUGGUAUAAAAUUUAGGGAAGCAUUUCACAAUGAAAAGAAAUAACAUGAACAUCCACACCGAGUUUCCAGGGAAUUAAAAUAAAAAAGGGAGAGUACUGUUUACAAUCCCUCCCUCCCCCUAAAUCUUCUACAAUGUUGUUUGUAGGUCUAAAGGCUGUUUGUUUUGUAAACUUUCUACCUGUUGACUUUCUAUGCCGUCAUUUCUGUACGUGUGUUAUGUUGUUUAAUGCAUGUUGUACUUCUCAAGUUGUAACUUGUUCUGUAUGUGAUUAAAAGGUAAUUCCUUGUCUUGUAUAGGAAAAAGAGCCAAAAAUGCGUCAAAAUGUACUGGAAUCAUUUGAUUUCUUUGCAGUAUGAAGAGAUUGCCCCUCCCCCUUUGGUCGGCUGGAAAUCAAAUAAAUGAUACAGAUUAUUAAUUAUACCUGGAAUGUAUUAUUCAUUAAUUGUCUACAAUUGAACAAUAUAUACAGUGGCCCAAAGCACAUUUGGACACUAAGGCCGCAUAGUUAAAGGAGAUA